UCCCAAAACCUUUUAUCCGGUCGUUGUUGGGAAGCUCUGACGAAAUAUGAAUCACAUCUCUCGUGGUGAGGAUACAACCCACGAAUACCUUCAAUGCGCCAUAUCCAUCUUCGAUCAACUUGCCGCGUUCAGAGCCCCAAUUACAGAAGUCGAACUCGUGACUGCGAUUCUCGAUGGUCUCGACUCUCGAUGAAGAUUUCCGGCCAUUUACCCGCAAUUUGGAGGCGAAGUUGAAGCCGAUUUUGUUUGAAGACCUCAACAGCCUCCUCAUCAGUGAAGAACUUCAGCUGCUCCGCUUUCGAUCACUCUCCUCUGCUGGUGGUGCCGCCCCUCGUUGGCCUUCUUCUUUGGCCACUCUCGUGGUCGCGGCGGUCGAUAUACAAGAGGCAGAGGUGGUGGCCAUUCAACUGGCGGUCCACCCUCAACUAGUCUUCCUCAACUGGCGGCCCAACCUCACCUGGCAGCCCACCCAUCGGCCCCUGCAUAUUCUGCCCCAAUUAAUAAAUCUAUGUCUGCGGGAGUUCUUGGUUUUGGGCUGAAGGCCCUUCAGCCCAUCUGUUGUGGUCUGAUAUAAUUGUGGAGGAAGGGGUCAUAUCAGACCUAAUUGUCCAAGCCCCAAAUAUCAAAUCCCCACCUAUUCUUCUAGCCCAGCUUCGUACCUAGCCCAAUCGUCUCAGCCUUUUCAUUCCUCUCAACAAUGACUUCUCGACUCCGAAGCCAAUCAUCAUCUCACCUCCGACCUAGAUAAUCUGGCUCAUCAUUCUGAGUAUAAUGGAACUGAUCAAGUAACAUUUGGUAAUGGUAACUCUCUUCCCAUUUCUCAUUCGGGCUCUUCUACCGCUCAUCUGUCUAAUUAUUCUGUGUCUCUUGAUAAUAUACUUUGAGUGAAAAAUGCCCCUCAUAAUCUUCUUUCCAUCAGUUCUAUUACACGUUCUAACCCCAUAUCCAUUGAAUUCUUUGACUCUUAUUUUGUUGUUAAGGACUGUCACACGAAGCAUGAACUUUAUCGAGGCUCUACAGUUGAUGGCCUUUAUUCUCUUGCGCUUCACAUCAACCGACAUACUCCUCCUCGUGCUUUUGCUGCUUCUCUCGAUCUCUGGCAUCAGCGUCUUGGUCAUGCUAAUUUGCGUGCUGUUCGCCACCUUUUGUCGUCUCAUUAAAUCAAAUACUCCUCCGGCUCUUCUUCUUUAUGUCAUGGUUGUUCCCUUAGCAAGAUUCAUAAACUUCCAUUUCCAACUUCCUCUUAUCGUGCAUCUGCUCCUUUAGAACUUAUAUGUAGUGAUCUUUGGGGGCCCGCUCCUGUUCCUUCUUAUGAUCAACAAUCUUAUUAUGUUUUGUUUUAUGAUCACUACAGUAAGUUCACCUGGAUCUAUUUUCUUCGCUAUAAAUCUCAGGUUCUCAGCGGGUUCACUCAAUUUCGUGAGCUUGUUAAAAAAUAUUUUGGUCUUCCCAUUAAAUUUUUUCAAUCUGACUGGGUGGCGAAUUUCAAGCCCUCACUUCUUAUCUUGCGACUCAUGGUAUUACUCAUAGACCCUCAUGUCCCCAUACACCUGAGCAAAAUGGGUGUGCUGAAUGCAAACACCGUCACAUAGUAAACAACGGCCUUGCCAUGUUGCAUCAUGCACAAGUUCCCCUCAAAUACUGGCCUUGCAUUUGACGAAGAUAAGGUGGUUACUUACUUCCUUUAUUCGUCAAUCACCUUUGUAAUUCAAGAAGCCCAAGGUAAGACAUAUAUGAGCCAUAAAAAUCACUGAUGUGGGGUUGAAAGCGUAAGAAUAGUCUCAACAGGCCUUCUUAGAUGGGUAUGGAUCACAGUAGCUCUAGUAAAAAAACCACCCAUGGAAUGACCAACCAAUAUCACUCUUUUUGGCAAACUGCUAGCACCUUCCGUUUCUCUAACUUUAUGAGAAUGCUUUCACUGAUCCAAAAUAUGAAAUUUUAAAAUCAUAUUAAGUAAUAAAUUCACGUAGAGAAAACGAGAUUUUGGCAGAGUUAGUAAACACACUCAAGAAGUAAAUCAUCUUUAUAUCAAAAUCAAAGAGUCAGUUAUCAAAGAAUCUAUCUUAAGCUAUUCUAUUAUAUCUCAUCAUGGAAUGAACUGAGACCCAUCUCGUUCCGCUAUUAGGAUUGAAAAAAUAAAUAGAGCUCUCAGCUAGCAAACAUAACUAUCACAUUUACCUAUCAAACUUCAAGUCCUUUCAUCUAAAUAACCAAGGUAUUUUAGU